AUGGGUGGUGCUCAUAAAACAGAGCAGUUAAAAAGGUUGGUGACAAAACCUCUAAAUGUAUACUCUAAAUUGCUUGGCAAAGAUGGUGCACUAGAGGUUCACAAUAGUACUCAUUAUCACAAAAAUGCAGCUCAAUGUUCAAUAGAUUUUAAAAUUACAUAUUCAAACCCUAAUAGAGAAGUAAUAAAUAUGUUGGACUCUCAAAGAAAAAAAGAAGUUGCUGAAAACCGUGCUCGCCUUAGACCAAUAAUUGAAACAAUUAUAUUUUUAGGGCGACAAAAUAUUGCAUUGCGUGGGCAUCGAGAUGAUGGCAAAGUUUCGUUAGAUGAAUUCCCAAUCGAUAAUGAUAAAUCCGAGGAUAAGUCUGUGAUAAAUCAAGGCAAUUUUAAACAGCUUCUUAAAUUUAGAGUAGCCUCUGGAGACCAUCUUCUUAAAAAUCAUUUGAAAACGUCAACUGCUAGAGCAACUUACAUAAGUGGGUUCACUCAGAAUGAAAUAAUCGAUUGUUGCAGCAAAGAUAUUUUAAAUAAAAUUUGUUCAGAAGCUAAAGAAGCAAAACAAUUUAGUGUGAUAUUUGAUGAAACAACGGAUAUUUCUAACAUAUCCCAAUUAAGUUUAACCAUCCGUUACAUAUUUAAAAAUCAAGUAAAUGAAAAAUUUUUGGGAUUCAUUAAUUGCCAUGACUAUAUAUUUGAAAAAAAUAAAGAUACAUUUUUGAAAGAUAAUGAGGAAAGUAAUGAUCUUAUUAGUGAAAUUCAAGAGCCUAAAAUAACUGGUAAAAUUUUAGGAAAUGCUGUUGUACAACUAUUGCAAGAUUUUGAUUUCAAUUUAGAUAAUUGUGUAGGUGUAGGAACGGACGGAUGCUCAGUUAUGGUUUCUUCAGCUAAUGGAGCAGUUCAACAAAUCCAACAAUUUGCAAAAAACGCAGUUCACAGUCCUUGUUCUAAUCAUGCCUUAAACCUGUGUAUCUCAAAGUCUUCAAACAUACAGCUUAUUAGAAACUGUGUUGGUGUUAUUAAAGAAACAAUAUCUUUUUUCAAUUUAUCUGCCAAACGUAAUUUUGUGUUGAAAAAAUAUUUAACUGGUCAUAAAUCACUUUCUAGCUUAUGCGAAACGCGUUGGGUAGAAAGACACGAUAGCGUAAUGGAAUUCAAAAACUCACUUGUAAACAUUGUAGAGACUCUAACUGAAAUUUCACAAUGGAAUGAUAUUACUUCAUCAGCGAAAGCCAAAAUGUUAAUAUCUGCACUCUGUACAUGUGAUUUUAUUUUAUCCCUUAAUUCUUUAUCACAAAUAUUAAGUGUUACAUACCCAAUCAGUAAAAUUCUUCAAAAACGUGAUGAAGAUGUAGUAACAGCAUCAACACACAUUAAUUGUGUUAUAGAUGUACUCCAAAAGUAUCGGUCAAGCUGUGAAGACAAAUUCAAAAGUUUGUUUGAAGAAAGCAAGUUAGUUUUUGAAAAACUUGAUGUAGAAAUGAAAUUGCCUAGGCUCGUCGGUCGCCAAACUCAUAGAGGGAGUAUAAAUUCUGGAUCAAAGGAUCCCUUGGACUACUACCGUAUAAAUAUGUAUAUACCUCUUCUAGAAGGUAUAUUAGAAGAUUUAAAAUACAGAUUUUUAAGUAAAGAAAAUGAAAAUAUUGUAACCCUUAUGUUGUUAAUUCCAAGUUGCAUGAUUAAAAUAAAAUAUGAAGAAACAUGUACCACCUUCAAAAAAAUUAUUCAAGUAAUUACUUGUUACUCAUUUUUUGAACAUGUACCAGAAGAAAGAAUAAAUGGAGAACUUGGACUUUGGUAUGCUAAAUGGAGUAAACAAGAAACAGAAGGUAAAAAUAUCUGUAAAAAUGCAUUAGAUGCUUUAGAUGAGUGUCAUCAUGAUGUUUUUCCUAUUCUACAUGAAGUUUUGUGCAUUAUAUGCUCACUGCCAAUCAGUGUAGCAUCUGCUGAGCGCACCUUUUCUACACUCAGAAGAUUGAAAACAUGGUUACGCUCUCAAAUGGGAAAUGAACGUCUUAGUAGUUUGACUAUGUUGCAUGUGCAUAGAGACAUUGAUAUUAAUAUUGAGAAUGUAAUUGACAUGUUUGCAAAAAUGAAAAACCGGAAUAGAAAUUUUAUAUUGUAA